AGUGAGACAUAGCUGUCUGCACACAAACUAUAUAAAGCGAAGUUUGAUGGAAGAAGCCUCAUGCAAUAAACUUAUUGUGAAGGGCAGGAUUGAAGCUCUCUCUCACACCACAGCAGAGGCAGCAAAGCUGAGCACUGGGACUGCUGGUUUACUGGUGAGAGCCUUGAUCUUGGUACAAGCCUGGUGCUGGUAACUGGGCUGAAUCUGCAGUCUGUAACAUGCCAGGACCCAAGAGGCACUCAUGAAAGUAGAAACCAGAAUGGCACUGAACAACAGUUUUUUGGAGAGCAGAGAUUAUGUUCCCCUCUCUUCAAUUGAUGGAGAUCCCUUUACAUCCAAACUUUCCCAGGGAGCUGAUAUAGUUGCUGGUAUUUAUCUACUAUUUAUUGGUCUACUUUCUACUUUUGGGAACGGUUAUGUCAUUUUUAUGGCUUUCAGCAGAAAAAAGAAAUUGCGACCUGCUGAAAUAAUGACUAUCAAUUUAGCAGUGUGUGACCUGGGGAUUUCAGUCACUGGAAAACCUUUCUGCAUAGUGUCCUUUCUCAGUCAUCGCUGGGUGUUUGGUUGGACAAUGUGCAAAUGCUACGGAUUUAUCGGAUUUCUUUUUGGCUGUGGUAGCCUUAUUACAUUAACUGUCGUCAGUUUAGAUAGGUACCUGAAAAUUUGUCAUUUGAGAUAUGGUACUUGGCUGAAAAGACGACAUGCUAUUAUCAGCUUAAUAUUCAUCUGGUCCUAUGCCUCUUUAUGGGCUACCUUGCCAUUAGUUGGCAUUGGGGACUAUGCCCCGGAACCUUUCGGAACAUCCUGUACCUUGAACUGGGCACUUGCUCAGCAGUCUCUAAGUGGGAAGGUUUUUGUAAUCACAAUCCUUUUCUUCUGCCUUAUUUUCCCCACUGCGGUGAUAGUAUUUUCUUAUGCAAAAAUCAUUGCCAAAGUUAAAUCCUCUGCCAAAGAAAUUGCUCACUUUGAUACCAGGAAUCAGAAAAACCAGACUCUGGAGAUCAAACUGACCAAGGUGGCAAUGUUGAUCUGUGCAGGCUUCCUUAUUGCUUGGAUUCCCUAUGCAGUGGUGUCUGUGGUUUCAGCUUUUGGACAGGAGGAUUCGAUUCCCAUUCCAAUUUCGGUGAUUCCGACUCUUCUUGCAAAAUCUGCAGCUAUGUACAAUCCAAUCAUUUAUCAAGUCAUAGACUACAAAUGUCCCUGUUGUAGAAAGGAUACAUCCCUGCAGAAGUCCAAUUCCAGGGUCUACUCAAUAGGAAAACCAAUCAAUUCAGAAGAAUGAAACAUCAAUGACAAACACGAUUUAACCAGAAGACUGAUUGGUUUCUCAAGGAGUUUCAAUCACACAAAUCCUGCUUAUUUUAUAUAAGUGUUUAUUUUUCCUAAGUUUGUAAAUUUUUAUGGAAAAAGAAAAACGUUAAAUAAGAGAGAUUCUGGUAAAGUAGCACCAUAAUAAUAUAUAUAAUAUUUGCUGAUCAAUAUUAGUAUAAAUUGUUUUAUAUCAAUAGCAAAAUAAUUUGCACUAAGUUACUGUUGGGAAUAGAGAGCUGUCACAUACUAUUUUAUUCAUGACAGUAACACUUUGCGAAGGAGCUAUGAUGGCAAACGAUGACUUCCUUAUGAAUGAGCGGCAAGUAAGGCUUGUUGAUGCUAUUUCUCAUUUUUGUUUACCGAAGAUAACUUUUUUUUAUUUAUUUUUUUCAUUUUCUUUUAAAUGUGAACAGUUUACACAUUGUAACUGAUUAUUGUCACUAUUUGUGUUAUUAUUUAUAAAAGAAUAAAAUAUUCUCAGAACGUUACAAAAUGGGCGAGGGGUGAAAAUGACCUUGCUCAGACAAAAUUAAAAUCUAAAAAGUGGGUUGCAAUCACACAUGAGUUAAAAGUACAAAUACAAUGCAUCUAGAGGUAGACUCAUUCAAACAAUAUACGCAUGUGAUAUACAAAGGAAUCAAAGGUGGUUAAUGAAGGCAAUCAGAAUCGAAGACUGAAAUGGAAUGUUACGAUGAGAAAACAUAACUGAUUAGAUGGUAGGAUUUUUCCUAUAGAAUUGAAUUUCAGGGAUAUCUUUAACGACUGGACUCUAGGGCUUUGGGAAUGGGUAUUUCAUAUAAAUAAGACUGCAUCAGUCCAUGUAGCUGGUUCUUCAUGUUAUGGGAUCUUGGAUACAGUAUUAGAGUGGCCAAAUAGUCAUCCACAGUUGUUGUAGGGCAACACAAAACAUGAUUGUUUGCUGACUGGGGCGUAAUAUGGUAAUAGUUCUACAAUAAAGUAUAACUAUCUCUGUUUUAAUACUGUUAAUGACUUUUGUAGGUCGCUAUUUUAUUAAGCUUAUAGGACAAUUUUGGGAUCGUUUGUGUAGGUCAAAAUAAAUUCAAAGAUACCAUGUUUUGACAUCUACCCUUCCAGCCUAAGACUAGCGGUGGCCAUUGAUGAGUGAAGAUCAAGGUUAAAGAGGGACUGAUUAGUGGACAAAACUUACAAGUGUUUAGUGGAUAACAAAAUGCACUUGCAUCAUCACUUAACUCUGUAGUCAAUCGCAAAACCUACUGGAUGUGACUUGCCGUAAUAAGUAUAAUAAAUAGAAUUUUGCAGGAUCACAGGUUCGGAGUACGGCAAGUCCAACUCAACCCACUUUCCUCUUCAAGGUGAUUACAUAAAUACUAAUAAGUGGGAUGAUGCAUCUAGACCCUAUGACAUAUCUAAAACUAAUGAAAAGUUACUUUGUUUCUCUUGUUUAUUAAGUUUAUAUUAUUAUAACCAGACAAUUAAUAAAUGGAGUUAUACAUAAAUACUAAAGUUUUGUACCUAGAGGACGGUAAGAUAUAAAUCUGGUCUUGAAUAAAUUACAAUCUAAUUGAAUAUUAGUGUGAUGUACAUUUAUGGUUCUUACAUGGUGUAGAGUCCAAUGUCACCUUUUAAGUUAUGCUUUUGUGAUGGGUCUGA